UACCCAUUGAAAUGCCCUCACACAGCCAAUUAGGAGAAGUAGCAGGACUCGGCUUGGCCAGGGACCAUCCUGUCCAUCCAUUUAAUAAAGGAGAUAAUGAUGUCCCCAUUUUCCUGCACAUUUGAUAAGUCAGCACAACACCUGAUCCAUUAACAGGGCAGUCUGGUUCCACUGUUCAGAUAUUUUGUCUUGAACAGUCUCCCUCUCUCACACACACUAUCCAUCCAAACGUUCAGUUUUGCCCUAGUGUGAGACACAUCAUCCUCUCAUAAGAAUUUGCAUAAUGAGCUAUUCUCCCUAUAUAAAACUUGUUGAAGCACAAAGUACAGCCCCUUGCAUUGGAAAGGCAUGGUAAUUGUGUAGUUGUAAAAUGUGCAACCUCAUAAAGAAUACAUGCCUAGUUCUCUUGUUCACAUAGUUGCAAACCUCUUUACUCAGAGAUGAAACUCUGAGCAGGAAAUGAAACUGAAAGGAGCCGGUGGCAUUAAAGAGCUCUGCGGUUAUGCCCUUUUGCCUUCCAUCACAGCAUAGCACAGGCAAUGGCAGGAUUCAGCAGCGUGCUGUCUCAGGACCAGAUCACUUGUUCAGUCUGUCUGGAUCUGCUUGAUGAUCCUGUGACCAUUCCAUGUGGACAUACGUACUGUUUUGGCUGUAUUAAGCGCUGCUGGGAUGAUGACAAAGGAGGCGUCUACCGUUGCCCUUAUUGCAGGGUGGUCUACAGUGAAAGACCUGCCCUCAACAAAAACACCAUGUUUGCCGAGGUGGUGGAGAAACUGAGGGAGACUGGACUCCAGCCUGUGUCUGCAGAUCCCGCAUACCCUGGACCUGAAGACGCGAGCUGCGACGUUUGCACUGGGAGAAAACUGAAAGCCACCCAGUCAUGUCUGACCUGUCUAGCUUCUUACUGUGAACUUCACUUCAACCUUCACAAUGAAUUAAAUGCUGGAAACAAACACAGGGUCGUUGGUGCCACCACGAAACUGCAGGAGAGCAUCUGCACAGCCCACGGCAAGCUACUGGAGGUUUACUGUUGCACUGACUACCAGUUUAUCUGUUGUCUCUGCGCCAUGGACGACACACACAAGAGCCAUGAAACCAUCUCAGUUGUGGGAAGUGCUGACAAGCAGAGGCUGCUGGGUGUGGCCCAGAAGAAGUCCCUGGAGAGUGUCCAGAGGAAAGAGAUGCAAGCCCAGGACCUGGGGAAGGCCACAGACUCUCUCAAGGAGUCGGCCCAGACGUGUGUGGCGGACUGUGAGCGAGUGUUUGGGGAGCUGAUUGGCUCAGCUGAGAGGAUCUGCUCCAAGGUGACGGAUGUAAUCAGGGCUCAGGAGGAGGCUGAACUCCGGCGUGCUGCAGCCCUGCUGGAGAGACUGGACAAGGAGAGCCGUGAGAUGAAGGAGAGGGCUGCUGAGAUGGACAAGCUCUCAGACACCGAUGACCACAUCAACUUUAUUCAGAGUUUUCAGCCUCUGUGUGGCCCUGCUGUAUCUGAGGAUCCAUCCAGCAUGGUCAUUAAUACACGCUGCUCUUUUGGAAACUUGAGGGAAUCCAUCUCUGACCUGCAAAAGCAACUACAGGAGAUCUGCAAGCAGGCGAUGGAAAAGAUAUCUAAAGGAGACUAUGUAUCUACACAUAAAACUGACGACAACGGCAAAGACAAGGUGCCGAGGGAGCAUGAUAGUAAAGGGGAGAUGGCGCCAUGUCGCAACGAGCCACAGUGGAGGCGUCAAAACUCAGAGGAGCAGGCGCCAACGCACCAGACCCCCUCAGCACCAUGGAGGAGGCGUGCGGCCUCAGAGGAGCCAGCGAGGCAAGACCCAGGAUGGGCACCUCCGCCGUGGAGGAAAAAGCAGUCUGAGUGGAGGGCACGGGAGGCCAGCCCAGGGGAUAGGGGGCAGAGGAGGUCAAGAACGCAAGACCCCUGGAGGCAGCAGUCUCGAAGGAGAGAGUGGCAGGAAGAGGGCUCAACAUGGAAACAGUGAUUCCCCCACAAAGGAAAGCAGUAUAUUCAUAGUGUACAAUUAGUUGCAUUACAUUUGAAAUAGAUGACAUAUGACAUAUGUAUAGCCUGACAUUAAACAUAAAAAGGUAUGGUAUGUUUGUGAUUUACUGGUAUCCCAGUAAAAUCAUGGCUGGAUCUCUGAAUGGUAAUCCAGGGACAAAAGGUUAGGGAGGCCUCAUGAGGUUCUAAAAUUUGUAUUAUCAUUGGUUGUUGCCCUGUUACAGGUAAGAAGGUGCCCUCUGAUGGACAUAAGUGAUUAUACUUGAAGUUCCCCCAGUCUCCUGUAGGGGGCCCUGACGCAUUCUCCAGCCCAAAGGCUAGUAGGAACCACCCUUACGAGGGAUCCAUGCCUGAGUCUGCCGCAGCUGCUUCCUAGACCUUUUUCUUUACCGCUGCCCCUGGCACCAGUCCUGGUCUGUGUCACUGACGUUGGCAGCGCUGCCACUAGCCCGUCACAAUGUAAUGAAAAUGUUUGAAUGAGUGGUCUUACAUGCAUGCUGACUGCCAGCCUCUGCUGUCUCAAGCAACCAGGGAGGAAGUCACUCAAGGUAAUGAGACUAGAGUGGCCCUCAGUCAGGGCGUGGGGCGCCUGUGGCCAGUGCUGUCUGGGCUUUGUGGAACACAGCAAAAAGGAGGAGAGAACUGGGGAAACCUGUGUUGAUUACAGACACAUACGUCUCUGAGAGCAUGCUGUUAUCCACCACUACAGCCUUAACAGUUUAAUUAGGUGGGUCUGUUUCACUUCAGCUUUGUCCCUGAUAUGUCACCAGACCCAGCUACCGACAACCUUAUUUAGCCUGUUGUACUGCCUGUAUUCUGUAGUCUACAAGCUCUAUUUGUUGAGGACAGUUUGGUCUGUCUAAUGCCAUCUAAUGACCUUUAAAUGUUUCCAGUAACGUUAUAUGGCGUCCUUAUCUGCUGGCUGUAGAAUCUUGGGGUUUGAAAAAUAAAGAAUAUGGAAAACA